CCAUGCACGUCAUCGACAACGCCCGACCUUCUGAGAGUUUCAGCCCGUCGAUCAAAGCCGCAACCUAUGCACAAUGUCUACUUCCAGCACUGCUUGCCUUUAUGGGCCUGCAUUGAGACCGACCAUAUAAUCUGGCUGCGUGCUAUUGAGUGUUUACAAAGCUCUGCCACUCUUCGGCAUUACUGGAUGGCCCAGGUCAAUGCAAGGCUUCUUUCUUUUUGGGCUCAUCGUACCGCUACUUUGUUUCUUUUCUGGGGAUGCACUUGGGCUAGCGAUCAACACGAUUUUGGUUGGAGAUCAUGGUCAUUGCAAAGAAAAGGCACUUUGAGUGGAGGGAUUGCGCACCAGAACUGCAGACAGGCGCUGCCCAAGCGUUGGUUAGCUUGCCAUGGGCUGGUAUAGCACGUCGAGGCUUUAAGGAGGAGAGCGCACCGUCGAAUUCUUGGUAGGACCCCCUCUCCCCCUUUGGAACAUCGACCAUCUGUCAUGGAUGUGGUGGCCCUUGGCCCCUCGUCGCUCGACGAAGCGAUCGAUCCUGCUCCACAGCAUGACUCGUGCCUGUGUUCGGAGGGACAACAGGCUUCCACGGUACCUGACGGGCCUCUGACAGUCACUGCUGACGCAGAAACGACGACAGCGGCAGUCGUAGGAGAUCUGCCCAUGGACACAUCCAUCUCCAUGCUUAAGCGCCGGACACAUCCCGAGCAGGCGACGGAGAACGCGCUCGGACAAAACUCUGGUGCUGGAGCCGAUGCCGCUGAUGACGCUGUGGCCCCCCGCAACGAUGGGUGGCUUGAGUCGUUUCUAGCAAAGCAGGGCGGUGUAUCUACAGACGCCGGAUUCAAGCAGCAGGCCGAAGAUCGGGAGGCCCAAGAAGGAGGAGACGUGCUCCCAGAGGCAGAGGCUGACGCAUCGAUAGACGCUGUCGAAGGAGAGCAGCCUCCAAUCAGUCCCAGCCAGGCCGCGGAGAAGCUGCGAGCAGCGCUCUCAACGCCCACAACUCCCCCUUCUCUGCCUCAGAAUCUAGCACCUGAAGGAAUCGAAGCAGGUGCUGGCCAGGGUGGCAAAGGGACUGCGCCGGCCAGCGGCAGGAGCGCAGAGGUCAUUGACAGUCGGACAACGGCUCCGCGGCGAACGAGCUUUCUUUCCUCCGUUUUUGAAGAGGAAGAGGCCGAGGAAAGAGACGAAGAAGACGAGAUUGAGCCGUCGCUCAAGUACGAAAAGCUCAAGGGUGGGGCAGCAGACGUGCUCAGGAAGGACACUGCUUCCGCGAUGGCCGUGUCGGAUCGCUUCCUCGCACUCGGCACGCAUGCGGGCAUGAUCUACAUUUUGGACAUCGAAGGCAACCUCGUCAAGGGCUUUCGUACACAUACAGCCAGCAUUCUCGCGCUCGAUAUCGACAAUACCUCGGAAUUUGUCGCCAGCGCAGGAAUGGAUGGUCUUGUUUCCAUCUCGGCGCUGUCGACGUCCGAGCAGUAUGUGUUCGACUUUCGACGACCGAUGCGCUGCGUUGCACUCGAGCCCAACUUUGGGCGCAAGUCGACGCGCGCCUUUGUCUGCGGUGGCAUGGCCGGUGCGCUCCUGCAGCGCGAGAAGAGUUGGUUCGGACACAAAGAGGUCGUGCUACACGCUGGCGAGGGUCCCAUUUGGAAUGUGCAAUGGAAGGGCAACCUGAUCGCUUGGGCAAACGACCGUGGCGUCCGCAUCUACGACAACAACACUAAGCAGCGCAUCACAUUCAUCACACCGCCGUCAUCCGAAGUGCGCGCCGACAUGAAUCGUUGCAGUCUGUUCUGGAAGGACGCUCGCACUCUCUUGAUCGCAUGGGCGGACCACAUCAAGAUUGCAAAAGUCAAGGAGCGCACACAAGUAGCACCUGGCGGAGGCGCGCCUGUCACCCUAGGCACGGCAGCCUCGUCUUCCCAGCUGUACGUCGAAAUGGUCGCCAUCUACCAGCUUGACACCGUCAUCAUCAGCAUCGCGCCGUAUGGGAACGAUUUUCUCGUGCUGGUGCACAUUACUGCAGAUGACGACGACCCACGCGAGACGGCGUCGGAGGAGGAGUGCCGCUUCAAGCGCAGAGAAGCCCUGCCGCCUGAGCUGCGCAUCAUCAGCGGCGAUGGCGAAGAGCUCAGCAGCGACAUGCUGUCCGUCUCGAACUGCGCGCGCUACCAGUGCAACGACUACUUGCUCGUCCCAGCUGCCGAUGCUCUCACUACUAAGGACCCCGAGCAGCGCUCUUUUUUCGUCGUGACGCCGACCGACAUCAUAAUUGCUCGCCCUCGCACCCGCAAGGACCACAUCGACUGGCUCCUCGAUCGGCGGCAGUACGCCCAGGCACUGUCCGAGAUAGAGGCGAUGGGGAGCAAGCAAGCGGCUCUGCUCGGAUACGACUCAGCCGACAUUGGCCGCAACUACCUCAAAUAUCUGGUCGAGGUGGGCAACUUUCUCCGCGCCGCGCGCGUCGCGGGCCGCAUCCUCGGCCGCAACGCGAAAGCGUGGGAGGAUUGGGUGUUUUUGUUUGUUGAACGGGGGGAAUUCCAGUCCAUCAUCCCAUUCAUCCCGAUCGAGGACCCGACGCUUAGCAACAUUGUCUACGACAUGGUGCUCGCCCACUACCUUCAUAUCGGCUCGGAAAAGUUGCUGGAGACCGUUCAGGCAUGGCCCCCAAACAUUUACAGCACUCAAGCGGUCGUCCGUGCCAUUGAAGAUAAGCUCCAGCACGAGCCAUCUUCGCAGCUGCUCAUGGAAAGUAUUGCCGUCAUCUUGAUCGCAAACCGGCAGCCAGGGAAAGCGCUGCCGUACUACCUUCGUCUGCGCAAGCCAGAUGUGUUCAAACUCAUCCUCGAACACAACCUGUUCAGCGAUGUGCGGGAUCAGGCAUUGUCCUUGAUCGAAUUCGACGAGGACAUUUCGGCAGAUGCAGGUCCCAACGGCGCCAGAACUGCCAUCCAGAUGCUAGUGGAUCACAAAUUUUCCAUCCCGAUUCAUCGUGUUGUGCCGCAGCUCGAAUCCAGCCCACAACACCUGCAUCUUUAUCUCGACGCACUUUUUCGCCAAGAUCCGCAGUCUGUUACAGAAUUUUCUGACCAGCAGGUUUCGCUGUACGCGGAAUACCAGCCCGAGGCUCUCAUGCCAUACCUUCGUGCGAUGAGCAGCUACUACGACAUUGAAAAGGCGUAUCAAGUUUGCAAGGCCAAGGAUCUAGUUCCGGAAAUGGUGUUCCUGCUCGGCCGUGUGGGCGACAAUAAGCGCGCACUCAAUCUGAUCAUCGAGCGACUUGCCGACGUUGAACGGGCGAUCGACUUUGCUAAAGAGCAAAAUGAUGACGAUCUCUGGGAGGAUUUACUAAAGUAUUCCGAGACGCGGCCAGCGUUCAUACGGGGUCUGCUGGAAAACGUCGGCGCUGAGAUUGAUCCUUUGCGAUUGAUCCGCCGCAUCAAGGACGGGCUCGAGAUUCCCGGUCUGAAGCCGGCACUCAUUAAGAUCCUUCAAGAGUUCAAUCUGCAGCUGUCCUUACUAGAUGGAUGCGCUGCCAUCUUGUACCACGACGGCGAGGCGUUCUCCCAAGAGCUCAGGCGGGCACAACGGCAUGGGAUGCAUGGGCAUGUCGAAGCACCCUGCAGCAAAUGCGGGCGUGACCUAUACAACAUGCCGGCCAUCCAAGAGAACAACCUCCGCCUCGAGCUGCCGUCGGUCUUUUGUUUCUGCCGGCACGUAUUCCAUUUAACAUGCCUUGUGGCUCCAGUAAAAGUGCCAAAGCGACAGCAACAGGAUCUUCCGGCACUUCCUCUGUCCGUCACUCAGGCUGGGUCCAACUUUGACCAAAUUCUCGGACCAGAGCGACGCAAGCAAGCCAGAAAGUUCGCAUAUGAAUCAAAACUCAAGUACGAGACCUGCUUGCGCGCUGUCCUCCGAAAGGGCUGCCCUUUGUGUGCUCAGCAAAAGCAUGUAUCAUAGUGCGUACGUGGAAAGACAGCGAGCACCCAU